UCCCCUAAACCCUUUACCAGUUUACCUCCCAAAGUCGAGGGACUCCCAUCAGUGCUUGCUACGCUGUAAUAAAUUUGCUUCCACAAACAAACCCUAUAAAUAUCAACUCAGCCAUCCUCCUCUAUAAACCACUCUCUCUCUCUCUCUCUCUCGUGAUUCUUAUCAAUGGCGGGGUUGGUAGUCAUUUUUGAUUUCGACAAGACGAUCAUCGACUGUGACAGCGACAACUGGGUUGUGGAAGAGUUGGGUAUCAACCACUUGUUUACUCAGCUCCUCCAUAGUUUGCCGUGGAACUCUAUUAUGGAUAGGAUGAUGACAGAGCUUCAUAAUAGGGGAAAGACGAUUGAAGACGUUGAAAAGUGUUUGAAGAAGGUUCCACUGCAUCCCAGCAUUGCCUCCGCAAUCGAAUCAGCCCAUGCUUUUGGGUGUGAUCUGAGGGUUGUGAGUGAUGCAAAUGUGUUUUUCAUAGAGACAAUCUUGAAACAUCAUGGACUACUAGACUGUUUUUCGGAAAUCAACACCAACCCUAGCCUUGUUGAUGAACAAGGCAGGCUCAGAAUCUUGCCCUAUCAUGAUUUCAAUUCAUCACCUCAUGGCUGCAAUAUAUGCCCUUCCAAUAUGUGCAAGGGUCUGGUGAUGGAGAAGAUCCGAGCUUUGGUUUCGGCAGAUGGAAAGAAGCAGUUGGUCUAUGUUGGGGAUGGAGCUCCUGAUUUUUGCGCAGGCUUGAAGCUUGAAGAAGGAGAUGUCAUGAUGCCAAGGAAGGACUUUCCUAUCUGUGAUUUAAUAUCUGCCAACCCAUUGCUUACCAAGGCAAAAAUUCAUGAAUGGAGCGAUUGGGAGGAGCUUGGUGCUAAUUUGCUAAGCACAGUGAAUAAUGCCCUUAUUGAUGAGUCUAGCAAUACGAGAACUGAUCAAUUGGUUCCACUCGACUGCAAGUACCAAAACACUUUGAUAUCUGCUACUGCCCAUGAAGCCCUUCAAAAAGCUCUCCCAGUUUCACCUCCCCACUAGUUGAGACUUUAAUCUAGCUAGGAAGUUCGGAAAUAACAUUUCCGUACUCGUUGGCUAUAAUGGGAGUGUCGUUAUCAUUGAUGCACUAUGAUCGUAUGACGAAUCAAAUAGCAUUGCCGUUGUCAUUAGCUAAAAUUGGAGUGUCGUUAUCAUCAAUACUCAACAUAUAUAAAUAGUUGAAUAUGUACUGGGAUGAAUGUGUUUACCACCUUAUCAUGCAAGCCAUGCCAAUUUCCACCACCAUCUAGGCUGCAGACUGAUGAUUUAUCCAUUGAAUUAUAUUGUGGUGUGACAUCA